AUGGAAGUUGAACAAGAACAUAUCACGGUGGAUGAUUGCUACAAAUACCUUGCAAUGAUCCCAAGAGGCUUACAUCAGUCCAUAGCGUCCUCUCUCUUGAAAAAUAUGAACCCAGACACCAGAAUCGAGUAUCUUGGAGAAGAAGAGGGCGAUGGUAUUUUGACCCAAACGCUGGACAAACUUCAAGAAAAGAACACCAACAACAUUCAAAAGGUCAAGGCAAAUAGGGCAUCUAUGGAUUGGUUUCAUCGUCCUGUAGGUACCAUUCCCUUGCACAGCAAAUUUCAUGUCUCUCUUGGAUACACAUCGAAUGGCAAAUCCUCAUGGACUUGCCCUGGUCAAGUCUCUGGAAGUAUGUGGAUGAUGGUGCAAACGCGGCGGCGGCAACUCAUGACAUCUCGAUGCAUUGGGCCCUUACUCUCAACAAUUGUUCAUGGUAAAAUAUUUGAACGACAAGAGCCAGUACUCUCCAAGUCCGAAAUGGUAUCCAGAAUUGGAGAUUGGUCGACGAAACCACCAAGCAAUGAAGAAUCAUCAUCAUCAACUGAUAAGUCGUCGUAUCGACGCAACUUUGAUCGAGCCUUGAAUCUAUGGAAGGAACAUGUCAAGAGAAUAUGGAAAUCACGAAUGCCGCAACAAGCGUACAACGAGUUGAUGGAACGAAUCGAAACCAACAAGCUUCGAUUUCGAAUGUCCAAUGUUCGAGAAAAUGCGGAUCUUCCCUAUACAAGAACAGAAUUCCUACAAUCGCUCAUGGAAGACUACGGUGAUACCCUCAUUCCCUAUUACGAUGAUUGGAAGGUAGACUUGACAAAUUUUGAUGUCGAAGUGCUGGUGGUGGUAAUGGCUAAUGGAGCCUUUUCGUUGGGAAUUUCCUUGCAACCAUAUUCCUCUCAUGGGUCCAAAUCCUUUGCUAUUGGGGGAGUGCCUCCCGAUGUGACUCCACCCUACAUUGGUGGAGAUGUCUUGUCGGGAGUGGUACGUUUACGUCCCACCACGGCGCAUCUCAUGCUGGAAUUGGCCGAAUUGAAACCAUACGAAAUGGUGUUGGAUCCUUGUGCUGGAAUUGGCACCAUUCCGGUGGAAGCCGAACACUACUAUUGGAACAAACAACAGCAUCAGCAUCGAGCUAUUGGUAUUGGUGGUGAUAUCGUUGUCAAUCAUGAAUCCAUUUGCUCGGCUGCCUUUGCAUUGGAGAAUAUUGCGCGACAACAGGAUGUCGAGGCGGACGACAACAAGAACAAGAACUUUAGUCGAUUGUCCGUUGCCUGGGAUGCUGCCUUGUUGCCACUUCGAUCUGGGAUUGUGGAUGCUGUUGUUUCGGACUUGCCGUUUGGCAAAAUGUGCCUUUCAGCAAGUGCGGUAGAACAAUUGCUACCAUUGGUCAUGGUGCAAUGUGCCCGGGUUUUGGUCCCCAAGACUGGUCGCAUGGUACUCUUGUGUGGUUCGCCGGAUGCCGUGUUGCGAGCAUUGGAACGGUGUCCUCAGUAUUGGAAACAACCUUGUACUAUGGUAGCCCCAGUCAAUAUUGGAGGACUCUUAGCCUGGAUGUUACGAGUGGAACGUAGCGAUGCUGUCUUUGAUGAAACGGAGAGCAAAUCGUCUACUAGGAACCUUGAAAAGAUUCGAGGCAUGACAAAGAAGAGAGAUAACCGAAGAAAGCAUAGUAGCAAGAAGCGAAGAAUUCAAUCCAAGUCGUGA